AUGGCGUACACGCUACCUUUCAAGCUAAACCGCCCUGAUCUUCUCAUCACCGAUUCUUAUGUCGAAGGACAAACCAGAAGCGCUCUCUCUGGUGAAACAUUUGACGUACUUGACCCAGGAACAAGUAAACCAUGGACCAAAGUCACCAACAACUCAGCAGAUGAUGUCGAUGUCACUAUUCGAAUCGCCCACAAGGCAUUCCAAACCUUCAAGAAGACAUCACCACGAACACGUGCACAAUGGCUUUACAAAUGGGACGCACUCAUCCGGGAGCACAAAGCCGAUCUAGCCACCCUCUUGGUCUACGAGACAGGUAAACCGUACGUCGAGGCCAUAGGCGAGAUGGACUAUUCCUUAACUUUUGUUGCUUGGUUUGCAGGCGAGGCGGAGCGAAUCCAAGGAACCUGCUUCGCACCAUCUGCACCUGAUAGACGCGUCUUCACCAUUAAGCAGCCGCUUGGUGUCGCGGUCGCGCUUGUACCGUGGAAUUUCCCUGUUGCCAUGGUCCUGCGCAAGGCCGCAGCGGCGUUGGCGGCUGGGUGUACCAUGGUCGUUAAACCAUCGCCGGAAACACCGGUUACUGCCAUGGCUUUGGCAAAGUUGGCUACAGAGGCUGGCUUUCCCGAUGGUGUUUUGAAUAUCCUGCCGACUAGCUUGGAUAACACGCCUUCUUUGAGUGAAGCACUCUGCAAGCAUGAUCUGGUGAAGAAGGUCACUUUCACCGGAUCAACCCGGGUCGGAACUCUUGUCGCAAAUCACUGCAGUCCCGGUCUCAAGAAAGUCGUGCUGGAGUUGGGCGGCAAUUGCCCUUGUUUGAUCUUUGACGAUGCCGAUAUCGAAGCAGCAUUGAAGGAAUUAGUCGGCCUCAAGUGGCGACACGCUGGUCAAACUUGCGUAACAGUCAAUCGCUUCCUGGUCCAAUCCGGCGUAUACGAUAAGUUCCUAGAGCGUUUCGUUGAAGAAACAGCGAAAUACGUUGUUGGACAUGGAGCUUCUGAGGGAACGACACUUGGGCCUGUGACAAAACCCGACAGCCUAGACCGAGCAGAAAACCUCAUCAAAGACGCUGUUGAGAACGGUGCUCGGGUUGUGACAGGAGGCAAGCGUCUUUCUCCAAAGGGAGGCGAAGGAGGUUAUUUCUUUGAGCCGACUAUUCUCAGCAACAUGUCGCAUGAUGCACGCAUAUCUUGUGAGGAAUGCUUUGCGCCCAUUGCGGCCUUCUACAAGUUUGAAACGGAGGAACAAGCCGUCAGAAUGGCGAAUGACACUCCCAUGGGUCUUGCCAGCUACGCAUUCACCAAGAACGCCGAUCGUAUCUGGCGACUAUUUGAGAGUCUUGAAGCUGGAAUGAUUGGUCUAAAUACCGGUAAUUCUUCCGCUGCUGAAUCACCUUUUGGUGGAAUCAAAAUGUCUGGGUACGGAAAAGAGGCUGGGAAGGAUGUGGCUGUGAGCGAGUACAUGAUAACUAAGACGGGCACCAUGACGGUUGAUGGCCUGGUAUGA